AUAUCGAUGAGUGUGCCUUAAAGACCCACACCUGUUGGAACGAUUCAGCCUGUGUGAACCUCGCAGGAGGGUUUGAUUGCCUUUGUCCGUCUGGACCAUCUUGCACUGGAGACUGUCCCCAUGAAGGCGGCUUCAAGCGGAACGGGCAGGUGUGGACCCUGAGGGAGGACAGAUGCUCCGUUUGUUCCUGCAAGGACGGGAGGAUUUUCUGCCGGAGGACAGCCUGCGACUGCGAGAACCCCAGCGCUGAUCUCUUCUGCUGCCCGGAGUGCGACACCCGUGUCACCAGCCAGUGCCUCGACCAAACUGGGCACAAGCUCUACCGCAGCGGGGACAACUGGACCUACAGCUGUCAGCAGUGCCGUUGCCUGGAAGGAGAGGUGGAUUGUUGGCCUCUUCUGUGCCCCAAUCUGGACUGCGAGUACACAGCCAUCUCGGAGGGAGAGUGCUGUCCCCACUGCGUCAGUGACCCCUGUCUGGCUGACAACAUCACCUAUGACAUCAGGCAAACCUGUCUAGAUGGCUAUGGAAUCACGAGACUUAGCGGCGCUGUGUGGACGAUGGUGGGAUCUCCUUGUACAACCUGCCAAUGCAAGAAUGGGAACGUCUGCUGCUCGGUGGAGUUAGAGUGUCUCAACAAUAACUGACCUAGUCAGACUGGACUGUGCCGAGGGAGGAAAACCGAUGACGUUGACACCUGAAGUGAAGCCGUAUGCGUUGGCGUUUUAUACAACAGACACUUACCAAAGUCUCCGCAUGAGGAAGAUGUUUGGGAGUUGCCUUUGGGACCUAUCACUCUGCUCAUCCUUGCUAGCCUUGUCCGGGUGACCUACAGUACAGCGCAUAGAAGUCAAUGGUUGUUAAAAGUUUUCAGUGUUGUAAAUUACACACUUCUCCUGUCAAGACAUUUGCAAAUCUGUUUAAAUUAUUUCAUGGGUAAACUAAUGCUGUAUUUUUGUUUUAAUUUGUGUAUUGGCAACAUGAUAGAAUUCAACUCUUCUUACUUUGGAUCUAGAUUUUACAAAUAAGACAGCCUGUUGUGAUUUUGUCCCAUGAUAUCACAUACUUAGUUCCAAGGUCCCUGUCAGAUGUAUUUAUGAAAAUAUGUAUGUAUGUACAGUCAAAUUGCAUAGUACUUAUAUUUCACAGC